AUGUCGAAGGAUAAAUAUCAAAAACAAGGAGAUGCCAUCUUUGCCAAACUAGAAAAAGUGAAUUCAGAGCUACUCUCCUUGACCUAUGGCGCUCUCGUGAGUCAACUCUUAAAGGACCUGGAACUGGUGGACGAAGUUAAUGAGCAGUUGGAGAAAAUGGGAAAUAACAUUGGCAUACGACUGAUAGAAGAAUUUCUGGCCAAAUCGGACAUUUCGUUUUGUGAAGACUUCGAGGAGACCGUGGAGGUCAUAGCGAAGGUGGCAUUUAAGAUGUUCCUAGGCAUAAGCGGGAACGUGACAUGUGUAGACAAAGAAACGAAUGUAUACUCCAUAACUUUCGAUCGAAACCCGCUAAGCGAUUUUGUGGAGCUUCCCAAAUCUUUGUCUUCUCUGAAUUAUUGCAGCCUGUUGUGCGGGGUCAUCCGGGGAGCCCUGGAGCAGAUCCGCAUAAAAGUGAACUGCUACUUUGUGAAGGACAUGUUGAAGGGAGACGACUACUACGAGAUUUAUAUUCAACUCCUGGAGGUUAUGAAGGAAGAAAUUUUAAAUGACGAAGAGUCGUGA